AUGGACACCCGCAUCCUGGCCCGCGGCCUCCGCGCCAGCCCAACAACAGCAUGGCUCCUCAGCUCGCGCCAGCAGCAGCAGCCCAUCAUCCUCAACACACUCCGCUACAACUCCACAACCUCCUCGCCACAAACGCCCCCCUCCUCCUCAGAACCCACACAAACCAACACAUCCGUGUCCUCGGACACCCCCAAACCCGCACCCACCAAAACCGUCGCCUCCGACUUCGACGAAAUCCUCAACAAGCUCGACCUCGGCAACCGCAGCACCCUCAACUCCAAGGGCGAACCACGCCGCGUCUUCUCCGACGCCGUCUCCCGCUCCGUCGGCGGCGUCGGCUCACAGACCUUCAAAGACCGCGCCGCUCAGCAGCUUGCCUCGCGCAAGUUGGAGCUGAAGCUGGGGCCCACGCUGGGUCGUCAGGUUCAUGUUGAGCCGGAACGGGGUGUGGAUUUGCCUGCUGCCAUUCGUCAGUUGGAGAUUACUUGCAGUGUGAAUAAGAUUAAGGCGAAUGCGCAUGAGCAGAAGUUUUAUAAGCGGAAGGGUGCGGUGCGGAAGGAGUUGCGUCGGACGAGGUGGAGGAAGCUUUUCCGGUUUUCGUUCCAGGAGACUGUGAAGAAGAUUCAGCGGAUGCAGGCUCAGGGUUGGUAA